GAUUUCUCGAUUCUCAUUGAAUCAAACGAACGUGAACUGAUGAACAUUCGAACCUCUCCUCCGGUCUCCAUCUCCUUUCAAACCCUAACCCUCCCUUCUCCGUCGCCGCCCGAGCAACCACCGUCACCGGCCACAUCAGCGAUUCGGCAGUCGAAAGUCGAGUACCGUUCGCUGGCCACCACCCCUAUUCCUCUGCCUUUCCUUGGUUCUCUCUCGUCUUUCAUCUUCUCCUCUAUCAAGUCUCGACUCAGCAUUGCCGCCGCCCGAGAAACCACCAUCACCGACGGAAACGUCAGUGACAGCGGUCGAGCACCGGUCACCGGCCACUAUCGUCUCCUUUGACGCUGCUCGACGCCUCAAGGCCUUCAACCCAAGCUAAUAUUGCGAGAGUGCCAUUGUGCCAACAGUCCAGCAUCACCGGCCGGGAACGCACGACUGUCGCCGUCACACACUCACAUUGGCCCACCGCCUACAGAGUCUACUGUCUACGAUCUCCAUUGCAAUCCCCUGCCUCUUUUAUAAGUUAAUAAUGUUGAAGAUUUCAACUCCAAAAACAGCAAAAUCCAAACGAGUGCUUGAAAAGCGUGCUCCCAAGCUUGUUGAGAAUGGGAAGAAAACACUGAUACUACAAGGAACCAAGACCAGCAAUAUAUUAAAUUCUGUUUUGACUGAAAUUUAUCAUCUGAAGAGGGACAGUGCGGUUAGGUUCACCCGUAAAAAUGAGAAUAUCAGGCCCUUUGAGAGUGGUGGAGAAACUUCUUUGGAGUUCUUUUCACUUAAAACCGAUUGCAGUCUCUUUGUGUUUGGUUCCCACUCAAAGAAACGCCCCAAUAAUAUAGUUAUAGGGCGGACUUAUGAUCAUCACAUUUAUGAUCUUGUUGAGGUUGGAGUGGAGAAUUUCAAAACCAUGGACUCCUUUUCAUAUGAAAAGAAAAUAGCUCCCCAUGUGGGGUCAAAACCUUUCUUUGCUUUUAUUGGAGAAGGUUUUGAAAGCAUAGAAGAGCUGAAACAUUUGAAGGAAGUUUUGCUCGACUUAUUCAGGGGAGAGGUUGUAGAGAAUUUAAACCUUGCUGGUGUAGACCGGGUAUUUGUUUGUACAGCUGUAUCCUCAAAUAGAGUGUUCUUCACACACUGUGCACUAAGAUUAAAAAGGUCAGGCACAAUUGUUCCAAGGAUGGAGCUGGUGGAAGUGGGCCCAUCCAUGGAUUUAGUAAUUCGGCGGCAUCGUCUUCCCAACGACAGCCUAAGGAAAGAAGCCAUGAAAACUUCUGCUGAAAAGCCUAAGAAAAAGGAGAAAAAUGUUAGCCGUGAUGCAGUACAAGGAAAAAUUGGGAAGAUAUACAUUCCAGAUCAAAAGGUUGGUGGUAUGGCACUAUCAAAUAAGGUUAAGGGGCUAAAAAGGGAACGCCGUGAGUCCAAGUUGAAGAAUAGUGCAGGUGAUCAUAGGUCAAAGAAGCAGAAGUCAGAUUCUAAUUAAUUGUGAUUUCACUUUGUUGCAAUCUUUAGGAUGUAGUUGUCACUCAUUGUGUUUCUGUUGGUUAUGCUAGUAUUUUAUGUAAUUUCUAUUAAGUGAAAUGAAGAGUAAUUUAGGUAAACCAUCCAAGGUUUAAAAUGUCUUAAUGUAUCGGGCCAUAUCGGCUGAUACGUACCCUUUUGAUAAGAACUUGAUACACGGAACACCUAUAAAUCAAUUGUUUCGUUUCUUUUCAUAUGUAUUAGCCGAUAUGGGCCCGUAUCGGGCUGUUUCAGAUAUGUAUCAAUCGAUACGAGCCUGAAAUAGGCUGCUAUAAACCGAAUUGUUUCGGUUCCCUUUCUUC